AUUAGUCUCAAGUCCCAAUUUCCUCUUUUUAUUCUGGAAGCCCCAAAACCCCAAACCUCCUAAACCCCUGCAAUCCCACCAUCGCUGUGGCCGACCGCCGACCGCCGACCGCCGACCGCCGACCGCCACCAUGAAUUCAUCGUUCAACACCACUCCUAAUUUCGACAACCUCCUCCUCCAAUCCCUAAUGGGCAGACUCCAAAUCCGCCCUUCACCGCCUCCAAACCCUGCUUUGCUCUCCGCCAAAUCCCUCGAAGACCUCCUCCUCAACAACCUCCUCUCCGACCAAACAGACGACCCGGAUGAUGACGACGACGACGACGUCGAACCCUCCUACAAAUCCCAGCUCGCCAAAGAAGAAUCCAAGCUCGAGAAGGAGAUCAUCCGCACAAUCCACAGCGGCAACACCGACUCUCUCAAGCCCAAUUCCGGCCAGGCCGUCACAAUCGGCGAGCAUCACAUAUGCGUAGGGUUUCACGAGGACGAGGACUCGGAUUAUCGGGUCUGGGAGUGGCACGGCCAUAUCAUUCUGUUUGACGAUGAAAACGGGUACAAUCCUGAGUACAUAUAUGGGAAUUAUUUUGAGAGACUCACUGCUAAGCCGGCAAUGAAGAAGAAGCAGAGUGAAGAGAAGGAGGUGGAGAAGGUCGGGAAUAUGGGCUUGAAGGAGUUGAUAGAGUCGGCAGAGUCUAAUUCUGAGGCUCGGAUUCUUAGGAGGAAUAUCAAUGCCGGAUCUUCAAAUUUUAAAUCAGGUUCUAGUUGAGAAGUUUGCCAAGUGCUCAGCAAGCGUUCUUGCUCUAAGCUCACAUUGAGGUUGCUCUUUUCCCCUCAGCUGCAUGGUGAAGCGCCUUUUUGUUCAAAUGGCAUUUUCCAUAAUUUCUAAUUGAAUGGUAAGCAGAGUAUUGGGUUGUUGUCAUGGGCAGCUGAAACUGCACUUUAGCAGGUGUUCUGUACAACUUGAAGCCAAUGCUAUGAACUUUCAAUAAAGGUGUUAUUUGAUACAAACAAUGUUACAUGUCAGGUGGUUUUAUGCACAUUGUCAUCUAUGUAUAAUUUUUCAUAUUUUGCUGUUUGGCACCC